GAAAAAAACCAACAAACUACUUAUUUAAUGUACAUACGCACACAAAUACAAAUGCAUUGAGGAAAUGGGAAAAAACAGUAGAUUCAAACUUACGCAUUGCGCUGUUAUCUCUUUGGCUCUGGCAAUUUAAUUUAUUCAAGUUACGUGUGGGAGUCGAGUCGCUGGGUACAUGCAGUGCCAAACGUUUUCUGCUGCCAAUAACAACAAAUACAAACGAUUACUACAACUAUGCGGGCAGUUAAAAUUGUGGCACGCUUCUGCAGUUUCUGCGAGACGUGGUUGCUUUUGAUGAUUGUCAUGAGCGACUUAACAAACUGUGGUGUGCAGGGACCACUUGACGAUUAUAGGGUAUUGGAUGAUAUAUCAACUACUACAAGUACAUUAGCUACAUAUCCUCAUCCUAAAUGGCUGGAACCGUACUUCGAUCCAUCAACACCGCGUAAUGUUACCGCCCUGAUGGGUAAAUCAGCAUAUCUUAGUUGCCGUGUUCGCAACUUAGGCAAUAAAACGGUUUCCUGGAUACGUCAUCGUGAUAUACACAUAUUAACUGUUGGUUCUUAUACAUACACUUCCGAUCAACGCUUCCAGGCUACACAUCAUCCAGAUUCUGAUGACUGGACGUUACAAAUUAAAUGGGCUCAAAAACGUGACGCUGGAAUGUACGAGUGUCAAAUAUCUACUCAGCCAGUGCGGAGCUAUUUUGUGCGACUCAACGUUGUGGUGCCAACGGCCACUAUCCUUGGCGGACCUGACCUUCAUGUAGACAAAAGCAGUACAAUAAAUCUAACUUGUACAGUCAAAUUUAGCCCGGAACCACCGGCAUACAUAUUCUGGUAUCAUCACGAGGAGGUCAUUAAUUAUGAUUCCUCACGGGGCGGUGUAUCGGUAAUUACAGAAAAAGGAGAUGUCACAACAUCAUUUCUGCUCAUACAAAAUGCUGAUUUGGCCGACUCGGGUAAAUAUUCAUGUGCGCCUUCCAACGCAGACGUUGCCAGUGUACGUGUUCAUGUGCUAAACGGAACAAUCACAAAACUGUUGAAAUUAGUUCGGGCCAUUAUUUCAGGUGAACAUCCGGAGGCAAUGCAAACGGGAAGUUCCGGUUGUCACUACAAUUGGUUAACAAUUAUGCUGCUGAUAUGUUUAAUAUUUUGUUAUAAUCAACAUGCAACGGGUGCAUUAGACGCCGCACUAAAUACAACAACAAGCUCGACCGCAACGAACAACACCAAACGUAUAACAAAGCAAACGCAACAUUUGCCUAUAAAAUUACCACCUACCACCUAUAUUAUCAGCACUACCGUAGCUCAUGUUAUUACUGCAACCACUACCGCCGAAACGACCGCCACCACAAUCAUCAAUACCGAUCUGAAUCGCAACAACGUACACUGCCACUGUUUAAAUCAUCGACAUGGAAUGGGAUGCCAUCAUUCAUAUCAGCUAACAUCAAAUAAUGUUAAUGGCCGGCGUUAUUGUUGCGGCUGCUAUUGUUUCUGCAAAGUGGAUUGGGGGCGGCAAACACAGCAGCGGCUACAUUUUCCACGCAGUUAUUGUUCAUACAUUAAUAAUAACGAAAGCAAAUUGAUUUGUCUGAGAUGAUGUGUAAAUACGGCCUUCCCAAGCGUAACUAAGAAAGCUGGUUAAAAAUUAGUUUAAAAACAAAAAUUUAUAAUCAAGUAAGUAAAAAAAUAAAAAUUAAAUAAACAUAAAUACGUACAACGUAGCUAUCAUUCUCACCUAAAGAUAAUUUUGAAAAUAAAAUAAAUUUAUAUAAUUCAUAAUUUUUUUGUUAAUAAUCCAACUUAAGAUAAAAUUAAAUUAAAAAGAAAAAAAAAAGGAAAGGCUUGCAGUUGACGUAUGUUAAAUGCCCACCUAUGAAAAACUCAAAGAGAGUCCGAUGAAUAAAUUUACAGAUAUUAAUGCAAAUACAUCCAUCUAUCCAUCUUCCUACAUAUAUUUCUGUGUAUUCUGUUUAUUAAGCCUGUCCAUCAUUUAUUUUCAUGUUAACAACAAAACAAUGAAACAACCAAAUAACCAAUGAAAUUAAAUAGAAAAACGAAGAAGCUCAAGCUUUGAAAUCCUAUUGUGGCAUAUAUAUAUUUACACAUUUUAUCGGCAUACAUCGGCUUGCAUACAUUUACACAAUCAAUGAAUGAAUACAUGCUUGAUAUGGUAUAUAGGUUGAGGCGAUUAAUUAAUACAUCACUCAAUAUACUGCCGAUUUAAUGCAUGCAUGGCAUCACAAUUCACACAACCACACAAUUUCGGGAUAAUAUCAACCUUCGAACAAUACGUGUCAAAAUUUCAUGAGAUUGCGAUCAAUAAGUUUACAAGUUCACUUCUGUUAUUUUCCGAAUAAUCGAAGAAAGUUCUGAAUUUCAUUUACUGAGUAAAAUUUGCUUUCAUGCUACGGCGACUCUUGCAUUUUGAAUAAAUAAAUUUCAAAGCGAUUUGCUAAUUUUAAAUGCCAGUCGCAUUGAUACCGUUGAUGCUAAACACUCUGGUCGCCAGAAUCCGGCAAUAGUUCUAGGAAAUAUGUGCAUGAAUGUGAACAAAAAUCAUGUGUGAAGGUCGAAAACUGAGUUUGCGUGCCUUAGAUGACACCUUAACGAUAUCAGGAGGAUAGUAUAUUUACUAGCAUAUUUUAAAUGAACAUACGUCCAUGAAAAAGUUCUAUGCGGAAUGAGUGCCGCGUGGUGCUUACUUUCGAUAACAAUCUGCUGAUGACUCAAC